GCGCACAAGACGAGAUCCCAACCUCGCGAUCCACUCCGAGUCGCCCCUCCCCUUCCGCCGCCGAUGGCGCUGCCGUCGAGCGCCUCGCAUUCGGCGCGGCUGCGGCUGCUCACCGUGCCGGCGCUGCUUCUGCUGUUGUCCUCCGCCGCGCUGCUCGUCUUCCUCGUCCUCCCCUCGCUCUCCCCCUCCUCGGCCUCCUCCUCCGCCGCCUCCGGGCACCUCUGUGCCUGCUCGCCCCCCGCCACCCACACCACCACCACCGUCACCACCACCACCACCACCGCCUCCCCUGCGCCCGUCACCACCUCCCCCGCGGACGUCGCCUGGCUGAAGGCCCAGCUCGCGUCCAACUCCCUCCUCCUCGCCGCUGGCGGCGGCCACGACGCCUGGCACCGCCUGCGCAAGGGCAUCAACCCCCGCACACGAGAGCAGCAGCUCUUCGACAUCAACAGACACCAUGGCAUCUCUCACUAUCCGGACGAAGAGGCAACCAACCACACCGCGCUGCCGUGCCCCGGCGAGCUCCUUGUGGAAGAGCACCACAGCAACUACGGCGAGCCCUGGGCCGGUGGCCGUGACGUCUUCGAGUUCCUCGCUAACGCCUCCGUGCUGACGCCAACGGAGCAGGUCCUUGAAAUCGGAUGUGGUACGCUUCGUGUCGGCCUGCAUUUCAUCCGGUACCUUGAGGCUGGGAGGUUCCACUGCCUGGAGCGGGACGAGCUGUCCCUCAUGGCUGCGCUCCGGUACGAACUGCCGGCGCAGGGGCUGCUUUACAAGCGGCCGAUGAUUGUGAGAGGGGAGGAUAUGGACUUCAGCAAGUUUGGGGACACAGUUAUGUAUGAUCUCAUCUAUGCGAGCGCCGUGUUCCUCCAUAUCCCAGACAAGCUUGUUUGGACUGGGCUUGAGAGGCUUGCGGGGAAGCUGAGGCCACAUAGAGGCCGGAUUUUUGUCUCACAUAACAUUAAGUUUUGCUCAAGACUGGGAGGCGAUGAGUGCACACGACGGCUUGCCAAAUUGGGCCUUGAGUAUGUGGGGAAGCACACUCAUGAUAGCUUGUUGUUUAACCACUACGAGGUCUGGUUUGAAUUCCGCAGGCCAAAAGUUUAGAUCUUGAUGGUACAGAAAGAGAGAGUGGUUGGCUUCUGUGAUGCAAUUUUGGCAGUUUCAAGCACAGAUUAAGCCAUGCCUUGUACUGUUUGAACACUACUGGGACCUGACUUGAGAUUGAGAUUGAUGUUCGCUCGGUGCCUAAUUCAAGCAUAUGCAUAUACACCAAAAGUCAUGAUUGAGCAAUGCUGUGGUGCUUCAGUGUGUCUUCCCAGUUUCAUUCGGUGAGUGGUGGAUGAAGGCUUUAGUUUUUAUUAGCACCGAUUACUGUAUGUUCUAUAACUUCAGUAACAUUUCUGGUAGAAACUAUGUGGGUAGCUGAUGUCAAAGCAGUAGGAUACAUGCUUCUAUUCCGAAAGCUACCUCUGUGGGCUGUGGCCAAAAUAGACUCUUACGAGCACACAUGGUUUUGUAAGCUGUAACAAGGAUAACUUUGGUUGUCUUGUUUUUGCAUUUUAUAGAGCAUGCACAUUUUUAUGCUGCUGU